AUGCUGAAGAGAAAGUCUCCAAAGAAUGCAGAGGGCAAAGAUGGAUCCAAAGGAACUAACCAGGAGCCCACAAGACGGUGUGCCAGACUGUCAGCGAAACCUGCUCCACCAAAACCUGAACCCAAACCACGAAACACAUCUGCUAAGAAAGAAGCUGGAGCAAAGAUUAGCAGAGGUGCUAAAGGGAAGAAGGAGGAAAAGCAGGAAGCUGGAAAGGAAGGCGCAGAAAACUGAAUCUGUGGAUAACAAGGGAGAAUGAAUUGUCAUAAAAAAAAUUGGGGUUGAUUUUAUGUAUCUCUUGGG